AUGGUGAUGAUGAUGACUGGCCGUGUGCUGCUGGUGUGUGCCCUCUGCGUGCUGUGCUGCGGUGCUGCGGUGGUGGUGUCGGCGGCCGACGGUGCUGACGGUCCUGAGAAAGAAGGAAAGGAAUCAGCUGAGGAUUCAGGGUCUGAAUCCCCCGACAGUCAAGAGGAAUUACUGGGAUCGUCAGGCUCAGUCGAUGGAAGGCCCGAAUCAGCGGGGCAGUUGUUGGAUAAAAAAGGAGGAAUAAAUUCCCACCAGCAAGUGGACUCGGUCAUACAUCCAUCAACAGGCGAUGAAAGAAGGGUGGAAGAAAAAGAAAAAGAGAAGGAAGGAGAUAAAAACGUCUCAGGGGCACUUGAAAAUUUAAAGAAAGAUGAAGAAACAUCACCAUUACCAUCGAACCCACCAGAAGGAGUAGGAAUACUACCGCCUCCAAUACCGCCAGCAUCCAAUGACGGUCAUGUCGAUGGCAUUCCUGCUGAUGGUGGAAUUGUUGGCAAUGUUUUGUUGUCUCCUCCUUCUGCUGGUACUUCUCGACAAUCGCCUAAUCCCACGGUUGGUGAUAAUUUGCAAAACACCGGCGUGCGUCGUCAAUCAAGAAA